AUUUCAUUUCAGGUCAUUCUUCACUAUUUGGCCUCCAAAGUAAACAAUGGCUUCUUCUUCCCUCUUAUUCUCUCCACUUCCAUCAACAGCUUUCCUCCAUAAAAACCCUAAUCUAUCUGCUACAUCUUCUUCUUCUCUUCUCUGCAACUUUUCUCCACUUUCAAUUUCCAUUUCCGUCAAUAGUAACAACAACAAACGUAGGACUUGUUUCUAUGUUUCUUCUUCGUCAGUUGUUGGAUACCCAAUUUCUGCUGAAAUCAGUGCUUCUUUUGAUGCUGGUAAUGGUACUUCAAGAAGUAGUGGUAGUAGAAGUAGUAGUAGCAGCGGUGGUGGUGAUGGUGGUGGGAAUCUGGAUAUUGCCCAGCUUGGAAUUUCGGAUGAGAUUGUUUCCGCGCUCUCUAGACGUGGAAUUACACAGCUUUUUCCCAUUCAGAGGGCAGUGUUGGAACCAGCCAUGGCAGGGCGUGAUAUGAUUGGAAGAGCUAUUACUGGAUCUGGAAAGACUCUUGCCUUUGGUAUUCCCAUUUUGGAUAAGAUUAUUCGAAAUCGUUCUCCUCGCAGGCAAAGGCGUUCUCCUAGUGCACUCGUCUUGGCCCCUACUCGGGAGCUUGCUCGGCAAGUGCAGAAAGAGUUCAAAGAAUCUGCACCCAACCUGAGUAGUGCUUGCCUUUACGGUGGGGUACCAAUCACUAACCAAAUUCGGUCACUUGGGAUGGGCAUAGACAUUGCUGUUGGCACACCUGGCAGAAUUAUUGACCUCGUUGAAAGGGGUGCCCUCAAUCUGUCUGAAGUGAAGUUUGUUGUGCUGGACGAAGCUGAUCAGAUGUUGGCUGUUGGUUUCCAGGAGGAUGUUGAACGCAUUUUGAAUUAUUUACCUGAAGAAAGACAAUGCAUGUUAUUUUCAGCAACAAUGCCUUCAUGGGUGAAUGAGCUUUCAAGGAAAUAUCUCAACAAACCUGUAGUAGUUGACCUUGUGGGUGAUUCACAUCAAAAAUUGGCUGACGGUAUCUCCCUCUUCUCUAUCGUGUCAUCCAACUCUGGGAAGGAAAAUACUCUUUCGUCACUGAUAUCUACGUACGGGCAAGGAGGUAAAAGCAUAAUCUUCACGAGGACUAAAAAAGAUGCUGAAGAACUUUCGAGAUCUAUGGGGGGUGCUCUUUCAAGCAAAGCAUUGCACGGAAACAUGCAGCAGUUCCAGAGGGACAAAACUCUUGCUGCUUUUCGUGAUGGACGGUUUAAUGUAUUGGUUGCUACAGAUGUUGCUGCUCGUGGACUUGACAUCCCUAAUGUUGACCUGGUCAUUCACUUUGAAAUCCCCAAUACCUCCGAAAUUUUUGUUCACAGAUCUGGUCGGACUGGUCGUGCAGGAAAAAAGGGUACUGCAAUUCUUAUGUAUACAAAGGCCCAGCGCCGUUCCGUCACCACUAUAGAACGUGACCUUGGCUGUAAAUUUAAGGAGCUUCCAAGCAUCGCAGGUAGUAUAGGUAGCAUGGAUGGGAAUGAGAGAAGUUAUGGAAGGUAUAGUGACUCAGGAUCAGGAAUGAACCGCCAAUUUGGAAAUUACUCCGAGUCUCGAGGAAACUCAGGUGAACGUCAGUAUGGAGGUUACUCAGGGUCUCGAGGGAACUCCAGCGAACGUCAAUAUGGAGGUUACUCAGGGUCUCGAGGAAACUCUAGUGAACGCCAACCUGGAGGUUACUCAGGGUCAAGAGGGAACUCUAGUGAACGUCAAUUCGGUGGUUAUGGAGGUUCAAGAGGCAGCUCCAGUGAACGUCAAUUCGGUGGUCAUGGGGGCUCAAGAGGCAGCUCCAGUGAACGUCAAUUCGGUGGUUACGGUGGGUCUCGAGGGAGCUCCAGUGAACGUCAAUAUGGAGGGAGUCGAGGAGAUGCCUAUGAAACUAGAAGCCAGGAAUCCAGAGGGUCCAGACCGUCAGAAGAUCGCUUUGGAGGUAUUGAGAACUCCAGAUCAAAUGAUUACUCACGGAUUUCGGACUCGAUGAGUAUUCCUUUUGCAAAAUCUAGAGGGUCACAGUCUAAUAGGUAUAAUGACAACGAGAGUAAGCAAAGCUCAGAAGAUGGUUCAGUUGAGAAAAAGAGGGAUGCUGGUUUCAAGCAGAUACUGGAUAUGCUUAGGGAGCAAACUUGAUUACAGCCAAUGCUUUGGUGAUUCGACUGGUGCAUUGGCAAGUCUGUGGUUAUGAUGAUAAUUGCUGCAAUUGAUUGAGAAUUUUAAUUUGUUCAACACAGCAGCUUCAAAAGCGAUGGAACUACAGAAGUCGCUCAGUGACAGAUGGACCUCCUGCAACUGUGAUACCAAUCUGUUUAUCAUCAGUCUUAAAGCGAGCAGCGCUGCAGCACAGAGAUAUUAAAGCCUUGGAAGGAGAUCAAGAAUCCGUAAGUAUUUUUCGCAGGGCGUGGAUGCAAAUAUAUUUGGAUGCUUAGAAACGAUCAGCAACUUUAAGACUGAUCGACUAUUUUGACAUAUUGUUAGAAACACUACAUAGUUAUGUAAUUCUUAGGAAAUAAGCGUUCCGUUUUCUAUUUCCAUUUCUACACUGAUUAACCUUAAUGCCAAGAUGGUACCUUAAACGAUUUGAAACACAACAUUCAACAAUCAGUAGAGAACAACAGUACUAUGUACAAUUAAACUUUCUUUGUGGAAACGUCUAUUCCUUAGAAAUGA